AUCAUCAUCCACAACAACAUGGCGCCAGCGUACAGCUGGACUGCACACAGACGCCACGGCACUUAUUCAACAAGUUACUUCACUUACUAAACGCAGCGUCGCGAAGAUAUUUGUAGUUUUUCUUUUUACUUUUAUUAUUAUCCUAGUUCGUUUGUUCUCUUUGACAAGCAAAUACCAGACAUUUUGGUCAUCGUGGUCUCAAAAACUCACCUGCUUAGCAAAAAGAACAGACAGACUGGACUCGCUACUGUAUUUCUCAAAGUGAAAGAAAAGUGAGGACUGAGAUUACGCAGACGGGAAAAGUACUUUUUCCCCAGAAAAAAAAGCCAUGUAACUGUGCUCGAAAGGCUUUUCUUCAGGGGACCUGCGUCUAAACAUGAGCGAAAAUAACUGUCCACUUGAAGAAAGGGAUAGAGACAGACUUCCUCCUAUACUAAACCAUAGCUUGGAUCGUGGACCCAAGCUCCCUUUCCCAUCUUACGGAAGUUUCAUCUCCACCCUGAAUCACAAAAGAGAGACAGGGAGCCAUAGUUUUUCCUCUCCGUUCCUGCUACCUGCAGUUAAACAAGUGAGAGAACUUCCCCCACUAUUUCCAGAUGUGAGACAUAAGCAUCGUAUCUCUAUUGAUGUUCUCCCUCCAGAGGUGAAAGCUCGUUUUGUUUCAGAGCCAAUUAUUCCCAUUCGAACCAAAACUGCCAAAGAGUUUCAGGACGAUGUUGAAAGGGCAACUAUCUCAGGGGAUUGGAAGCAAGUCCAUGAUUUCUACUUGAUCACAUUCAACUCCUUUUUGGAACUCAAUGGUGCCUUUAAGAAAGAAGCAAAUGCUCCCUUCAACACUAUUGAAGACUCAGGAAUAAACAUCAAAUUUGUCAAUAUUGUUUAUGAUUCCUUGCUCCACACGCCCGCGGACACUCAGAAAUCAGUCCUGAAGGGAAUUAUUAAUAGCUUAUUAAGAGAAUGGAAAGGGCCCCGCACAAAGGAUGACCUUAGAGCAUAUUUUGUUCUUGUGCAGAACCCUCAGUACACCAGCCCCGCCACAUAUGUCAUCUAUGCACACUUACUGAGGCAAAUAGCAGCCCUGGCUGAAGCAGACCACCAUUUCCUGAUGCACUGGUUUAAAAAGCUGCCCCCAAAGCGUUUCAAACAGCUGGUGGAGCGCUUGCAGCUCUUCAUCACCACUCGCCUAUUUCCUGCCAAGCCAGAAGACCUGCCGUCCAUGGCAAAAUGCUCUUGGUGGAUUCCCUCAGCCACUAAAGUCCUCUCCCUUCUUAAUGCAGCAAACAGCAUUUCCUGUCUCCCUAUUGUCCCUUUCACUGAUUUCUACAACCUAACCCUGGACCAUAUAGACUUUAUGGAGGAUUAUCACACGUGGCAGGCUCACGGAAAUUCAAACAGGUUCACCUUCUGUCAGUUCCCUUUCAUCCUGUCCACAGUGGUGAAGAAGGCCAUUAUCCAGAGAGACUCUGAGCAGCAGAUGAUCAGCAUGGCCAGGCAAACCCUGGUGGACAAGGUUUCUCGCAGGCAGAGGGUGGAUAUGAGUCUGCUGUUUCUCAACAUUAAAGUUAGGCGUCUGCAGCUGGUCAGUGACUCACUGGAUGAGCUUUCAAGAAAGCGAGCAGACCUGAAGAAAAAACUGAAAGUGACGUUUGUUGGGGAAGCAGGGUUGGACAUGGGUGGACUCACAAAAGAGUGGUUUCUUCUCCUGAUUCGACAGAUUUUUCACCCAGACUACGGCAUGUUCACAUAUGUGAAGGAGUCCCAGUGCCAUUGGUUCAGCAGCUGGAAAUGUGACAACUACUCCGAGUUCCGAUUGGUUGGAGCCCUUAUGGGCUUGGCUGUAUAUAACAGCAUCACACUGGACAUCCGCUUUCCCCCCUGUGUCUACAAGAAGCUGCUGACCCCGCCCGUUGUGCCGUGUGACCUCGACACCCCCGUUGGCAUGGCAACCCUCACCCUGGAGGACCUCCAGCAGAUUAUGCCUGAUCUUGCUCAUGGGCUUGGGGAACUCCUUACCUAUGAAGGAAACGUUGAAGAGGACUUUUACACCACGUUUCAGGUUUUUCAGGAAGAACUUGGAGUGGUCAAGUCAUAUAAUCUGAAACCAGGAGGGGACAAGAUUCCUGUUACCAACCUAAACAGAAAAGAAUACAUCCAGCUCUACAUUGAUUUCCUACUGAAUAAGUCCAUCUACAGGCAGUUUGCUGCUUUCUAUCAUGGUUUUCACAGCGUUUGUGCCUCAAAUGCCCUAAUGCUCUUGAGGCCAGAAGAGGUUGAGAUCCUGGUUUGUGGAAGUCCUAAUCUGGACAUGGGCUCUCUGCAGCGAGUGGUGCAGUAUGAGGGCUACAGUAAGACUGACCCCACCAUCCGGGCCUUCUGGGACGUGGUUCUGGCCUUUUCUUUGGAGCUGCAGAAGAAACUGCUCCACUUUACCACAGGAAGUGACCGCGUUCCUGUGGGGGGAAUGGCCGACCUCAACUUCAAGAUCUCCAAGAUUGAUGUCUCCACUGACUGGCUUCCAGUGUCGCAUACAUGCUUCAACCAGAUUUGUCUACCUCCAUACAAGAGCAAGAAAGAAUUACGGCAAAAGUUGACUAUAGCCAUUUCAAAUGCAGAGGGCUUCGGAUUGGAGUAGAUUAUAGUUGUAGAUCUGAUAAUCCAAUUUAUGACUGUAUUCAGCCUGCAUUCACUGAAAGAUAAUGGGCAAUGAUAUUGAUAUAUGAUGAUUAAAGGAGAAAUGAAGCAGUGAAUC